AUGACUUCCAUACAUAUUAGACAGCUACUACAACCUCCCAGCUUACAAGAGUCUCAACGUAAAGCCAAAGAAACAAUAAAUUCAAGGUUCCCCACUAUCGAUGAUUUGGAUGAAGUCGAAUCCCCCUUCCUCGAACACCAGAACGAAUUGAAUCGAAAACUAUCUGCCUCUCAAUCUGACUUGGACAUCUUUUUGCGACGAACUCGUGUGACAGCAGAGAACCACUUGACCAAAGCGAAAGACGUGUCGUUAUUGCGACAUACCUUGAAUGACGAGCUAUCUGACUUGACACAAAGCCUAAUAUCUAUUCGCGGAUCGGAUGACCAUAAACCACUUCUAUUGGAAGACAUAGAAACCCUGCACCGCAACCUCAAAGAGCUGCAAACAGUCAAACAGUACAUUCAAGUCGUCGAGCUUGGCUUAAAGCUGAGCGAGGGGGCCGUUGAGAACGUGCGACAAGCUUCCAAGAUUUCGAAGGAAUCUGUGAAUGCAUACGGAGAACUUCAGAAAUACGUUACUUCAAUCGUGGAUGCAUGCUCUGCAGUGGAAGAUUUGAAUCAGCAGGGCCUUAAUCUGGUGUCGUUCAUGAAAAAUCUUCGCGAUAGGACGUGGGUUGACAUGAAAGGGAUUCUUUCUAGCUCUCUGGUAACAUGUGCUGAGAAGUUUGGCUGGCCUGCACCCGUAGAAUAUGCUUCAGUUGCAUCGCAGGAUCGCAAAGCAUUUGAAAUUGCCUUCUUUAACCUUGUGAAAUUUCAAAGCAUUGGCCAAGAAAUACACAAUCAAUCGCCCCCUGGGGACAAAGACGGACUUUAUCCUCUACAAGCACUUAUUCAACCCAUUUCUCUGCGCUUCAAGUUCCAUUUCGAAGGUUCACGACAGACCAACAAAUUAGAAAAGCCUGAAUGGUAUUUUACACAUAUACAGAAUGUCAGUCACGAACAUGCACACUUUAUGAAUAAUGUCAUCCAAAGGUUGUUGGACAAAACAGAAUACAAGCACAUAUCUGCGUGGAGAGAAUUCACGCAACUUCUCUUCCCGCUACUUGUCAGAAAACUGCGGAAGACAGUACCUUUAUUAUUGGAUCAUCCAUCUCUUCUGGCACAUACAAUAUACCAGGCAUUAUCGUUUGACACCGCCAUUGUGGAAGAGGGUUUCGAGCUUCAAGGAACAUCAAUCGUUCAAAAUACACCCAAAUGGGCAGGCAUUGCCGAUACCGUUCUCGGAAACGCAGAUUGGUUUGAGACAUGGCUAUCGGCAGAAAAACAAUUUGUUGAAGGACAAUAUAAUGAGGUCAUAAACGCACCUGACGCGUGGCAUAUUACUGACGAAGUCGAGAGCGAUGAAAAUAUGCAGGAUUUGAGACCCACUGUAUCGUCUCGGAAGAUAAAGUCUUUGAUCGAACAAAUCACGGAUCGAUAUUCUCCGCUGCCUCAUGCUGUGCAAAAGGCACAUUUUCUUCUUCUCAUUCAACUCCCAUUGCUGGAGGCUUAUCAUGGCCGUAUAUCUUCAUCUCUCGUUGCUUUCGAGACCCUGUCAUCAUUCUUUGUGCGUUCAGUACCCGGAGCUUUGAACUUCAGUCUGCGUGAAGCGAGUUUGCAGGAAGAUCCUCGAAAUCGUACAAGCGGGACCGCAGGAGCAAGUAGCUUGUGCAAAGCUUUGCUAAGUGCAGGAUAUAUACAUGCGUGCCUGGAAACAUGGGGUGACGACCUGUUUUUCCUGCAACUGUGGGAAGAGUUCAUCGGUGAUCAGGACCUGCGCCACUGGGCUCAAACCAGCCCUUACCUCCCAGAUUUAUCAAAUGGCAGCAAUCCUUCCCCUGGUGAUAUGAUAUUCUCCAAGAUGAUAUCCAAUUACAAACAUCUGUGCGUUCGCGCUGAAGACAUGGUCAUUCAACUCGUCUGUGGUGAGAUCGAAAGUGGUUUACGCGCACAUCGUGCUGCUGCGGUGCAAGUUGCAUCACCUGUCCCAACGGAUGUGUCGGAGUUUGGAUUGUCACAGACACUUUUAGAGCCCAUUGGACUGCUCUCUUCACAACUUAAUCUUCUUCGUGCGACUCUUCCUGCUACCCUUUUCAUUGUCGUCUACCGGCGGAUUACCCAACGCUUGGCCGAUCAUAUUUUGCACCAUCAAAUCAUGUAUCGGGGGAAUCUGUCGCUUCAGGAGGCAAAGUCCAUCCGGUCAGAAUGCGAGCUAUGGGUAGAAACCUGCUAUAUUGCUGUAGAAGGUGCUCUUGGUGGUGGUCAUCGGCGCAUCCAAGCGCCCUGGAGCAAACUUCUCCAAGCUGGAAGAUUAAUUAGCUUGGAAGGUGAAGCACGCGAAAAAAUUGUCAGUGCCACAUUUGGCUCACUCAGUGAUACCGAAUGGGAAGAGAUUGUCAUUGAAGUAGUUGGAAUGUCCGAAAUGGCAAGGGACGAGGUAGUUGAGAUUCUUAAACGUCGUGAAGAUUAA